AUGUACCUUCGAGACAACAGUCAAUACUGUCCCAUUGUUUUCAUAUUGUAUUUCUUUUUCCCCUUACAAAAGCUUCAUAGUUUGUCUAGUUUUUUCUCUUCUUCUAUUAUUGUAUCCGCGGCAUGUCCGCGGAAAAAAAAUGGUGGUUCUUUUUUUUUUAUCUGGACUACCUUUCCGUCAAAUUUUUCAAAGCUUCACCUUUGUGAAGACAUUUUUCUUUUGACUUUACUGGUGGAGGACCCAUCCCACCGCUGUCACCCCUCUCGUAGUAUGUCCGAAGAAAAAAUAUACAUCUCUUACAACAACGUCCACAAGCUCUGCCAAAAGGCAGCGUCUCAAAUUCUCGAAACCGUUGGUAAACCGGAUGUUAUCGUUGCAAUCGGUGGUGGUGGGUUCAUUCCAUCAAGAAUUAUCCGUACUUUCUUAAGACAGACUGGUGAAAAAAAUAUUCCAAUCCAGGCUAUAGGUCUAUCGCUCUAUGAGGAUCUCGGAUUGGGUGCAGACACUAUCGGUAAAGAAGUCAUUCGUACCCAGUGGUUGGAUUUCGGUUCUUUGGCACAACAAUUCGAUUCUUUGAUUGGCAAAAAUAUCCUUAUUGUCGAUGAAGUUGAUGACACUAGAACUACUUUACAUUAUGCCCUAACUGAGCUAUACAAUGAUGUGAAGGAAAAUGCAGACAAAUUGGGCAAAACCAUGGAAGGAACAAAGUUCUCCAUCUUUGUGGUCAACAACAAGUUGAAGGAAAAGAGAGCAGAUCUGAACGAGUCCUUAAUGAAUGGUGGUAUCUAUCUAGCGGGUGAAGAUGUCCCAGAUAAAUGGAUUGCUUAUCCUUGGGAAUCCGAUGACAUAGAUACCCAUACUGCUAACGCAAUCGCUCAGGGUAACAACUAA